AUGUCAUUCACGCUCCAGCACUCUGGGCGAGACCUCUCAGCAAGAGAGCUGGUCUCGAGAGUCAUGAGUCCCAGGGUUGCAGUUAUUGCCUCCCAAGGCGCAACCGAAAUCUGUCAGGCAAACCACAUCCCCUCAGUCGUCGACCUGCUCAAGCCCUUUGGCGAGCAAAUUGAAGGACGAGUCACCGUCCAUGGCUCAAUGGGCUUGCCCUCCGCUAUUGACAACUUUACUCUGCGCUUCACCGAGAUGGAUCAAUUGGAGGAGCCGGAUUCAAAAUCAUCCGACCGUUGGCUUGCGGAGGUCGUGCGCGCCGAGGCCAAGGGGUUUGAGGACCGAUACAAGAUCCAGGACAGGGAGCAAGUGACGAACGAGUAUCUCACUGCUCCACCUGGACGCGUGUUUCCAUGGUACUCGAGAUACCGGGACCUGCUCUUUUCAACGGGAGGCGCAUCGGAUCAUGAGACAUUCGACCACCCAGUUGCAAGCAUUAUCGCCAUCUCAUCCCUAUCUCCGGACCCCAUCAACGAAAUCCACCAAUUGAACAACAUGAGCACACCCACCCUCGUCUUUGAUAAAGCCUACAUGGACCCUACCAUUCUGAAGUACUACGUCCUGAUCCACGACAACGCAAGAGGAAACAUUGACAACGCGAUGGAUACACUGGACAAGAUGCGGAGGACAUUCGGACUUCACUGCAACAUCUUGAAGAUCAAUUCUGAGGACCCUAGUCAGUCAACUCUGCCCAGGGACAGGAAUGCGCAUAUCUGGAUCAAGAGUGUCGCCCAAUCAAGAUUGAUUGCUAUGGGUCAUGCUGCAAAGGACGGUUCAACUACCAGGAACUCUGUGUCCUCAACCGGCUCUGCGACAGCGGGAACACUGUCGGACUUGACAUCUCAAAGGAGCUCCAUGUCUUCUCCUGUCUACUCUAACAACGGCAACAAUUCACCCACUUUUGCCCAGAACCCAGUCUUCGCGCAACUUGGAAACGAUGACGAGGAUGGAACUUUUGAUCGGGAUCAUCUGUCAUUACCAACAGCAGAGAACAACAAACUCACCCUGGACCUUCUCCUGCAUCCCGAAACGGUGGCCGAGCCAUACGGAUGCUGUCUCAGCAGUGACGACUUGGGCGCCAUCACGCAGAUGUUGAGAGAGAUGCUUUCUCAGAGCAUUAUACCCUACAUGGAGAGAAAUAUUGCGCACUGGAACGAGCAGGUCGCAGUAUCUCGGAAAGGUAUCGCCGGUCGAUUCAGAAGAUACUUUGGUACAGGAUCCAAGAAUCCUGCAACAGCAAUACAGCAGGCACCGACAGCGGGAUCAAGCGGGGGUGUUAUCUACCCCCAUGCAUCUCCAGAAGCACAGAUGCGUAAGCUUGCCGAUUGGGCGUUCAUGCUUCGGGACUACAAGUUUGCUCUCUCUGUGUAUGAGACGGUGAAAAAAGACUUUGCCGCAGACAAGGCCUGGAAGUACUAUGGAGGGGCCCAGGAAAUGAUUGGGCUUUGUCUUUUGAUGUCGCCACAACCAUUGGGGUCUAAAAACGAUGUCGAUCACUACUUUGAGUCGGCCGUCAACUCGUACAUCCACAAAGCUCGCUCGCCUUACUUCGGCUCACGCGCGACACUGAUUAGUUACGAGCUAUUCAAGCAGAGAAACAUGUAUCGGGAAUCACCAGUCUCACUUACCAGAAUGACUGCAGAUACUUCUGAUCUCCGUAACGGCUUGUUCCUCGAGCAAGCAGCGCACUGCUACCUCAGGCAUUCCAGGCCAUCAGUACGCAAGUACGCGUUCCACAUGAUCAUGGCCGGCCACCGUUUCAACAAGGCGGACCAAAAAGAGCAUGCAUACCGCUGUUACCAAGCUGCGUCGUUGGUUUACGACUCAAAGGGAUGGGGUCUUGUGGACGAUCAUAUUAGCUGCUCACUUGGACGGCAAUCUUAUCAACUUGGAAAAUCUGAGGAGGUGCUAGACCACUACAAGAAGCUGCUGCGUGAAAGCCGCCAGUCGCCUCAACAGCAAGCCGUCUACAUGAAGGAGUUUUUGAGCGUUUACAGGGAUUAUACCAACAAGAUCGAAGCAGACCCUUUGCGCGAAACCUUCCCAGAUUUCCCUCUCCCUGUUGUACUAGGAUCGACUGCUCGGAUCGUUCUCUCAACAUCCCAGGGCGUCAACGAAAACAACGACGCAUGGGCAGAACUCGAAGUGGGACAACAGAGCUCAUCAGGAUCAAGCGGAUCGCGCACCGUGUCUGCCGUUGGAGAACUUGUCUUGGCGACGGUGAACAUCAAGAACCCUCUCCAGAUUCCUGUUAUUUUGACCGACGUAAUUCUGGGAUGCGAGCACAGCACAUCAACCACCUCGUUCACCGUCCCCGUCGACGCCGCAGAGGAGGCUCACUUGGCAUUGUAUGAACAGCUGAGUCCAUCUUUCACAGGCAAGGUUUCGUUCAGUGCAUUCGAUAUCGACCGGAUCGAUCGGGUUAUUCUAGAGCCAGGACAAAUCCGUACACUCAAGUUUGAGAUCUUGCCCAAACAGGAGGGUCAGAUCAAGAUCAUGGGUCUACACUGCAAUGUGGAGGGUCAGGUUCAUGCGUACAAGGACAUUGUCAAGAGGGGAAAACGACUCAACAAUACCAAGGAGCAGAUGAUGUCACAGGUGUACGAGGAAGACAAGAGUCUGGAUAUUUUGGUGGCGCCUGAGAUGCCUCUGCUGGAUGUCGAGUUCCAAUCGUCGCCUGAGAUGUUGCUGUCUGGAGAGGUCUGCGAGCUCUCAUUGGUGAUCAAAAACCGCGGCAAGAAGGGACUCAAGAACCUGACGGUUUGUAUGAGCCAUCCCACUUUCUUUUGUAUUGGCGAGAAGCGAUCAGAUGGCGAUCUUGGACUCUACAACAAACGUACAGGCAACUCUGCUAUUGAGACGACCCAGGUUGACAAUGCCCUCCAGCUGAGCACGACGCAACAGAUCAUGGACACGGUGUUGGCACCUGGAGAGAGCAUCAAGAUCCCAAGCUGGCUGCGCGGAGAAAAGAUUGGCAAGCAUAACUUUUUGUUUGUAUUUUCAUACGUGUCGGAGCAGGAGGGUACAGCGAUGGGCGUCCGGACGCUUCGCCAUACAAUCGCAGCCCAGGUUCUUCCGUCUCUCAAGAUCAACGCGUUUACCCGGCCAAGUACCAGGGGGCUGAACGAGUUUAUCCUCGGCAUUGAGACGGAGAACCUUCAAACAGUCCCCAACUUUGAAUUCCUCCAGAUCUCAUCCAUAAGUGCCUCUUGGGUCAUUGAAGCCGUCGAUAAGUCAGAUGAUUCUGAGGAGUACAGGAGUAUUGCGCCACGACAGACAGUUUUCACGUACUACAGGAUCAAGAGAAGCGAACAGGCAGCGACUCCAACACUCACUCCUGAAAGAUUCACUGCCAAAGCCUUGGAGAAGCUGGUUAUUGGUCAGGAGAAACUCAAAGAUGUGCCACCACCCCUGGACCUCCAGCACUGUCAUCUUUCCACAAUGGAGUCACAUAUCGAUUCAACCUCUCCAGUCCUGAAGUACUUCUCCCGAGCGUCCAGACUAGGUUGGCGUCAGGCCUCCUUGACAGGCCAAUUCGCGUCAAUCCCUGCAACAGUAGAUCGUCGCCAAUUGUUCUCGGUCUAUGGCAGCAACGAUAUUGACCUGGCCCUGUUCUGGAAUAUACCCAAGAUGAACCGCCGUGGCCACCAUUACAUCAUCGGUAUCAACCUUGGCGUUCAGCAAAACCCCUUCCAACCUAUCGACCCUGCAGACGAUUUGGACGGAGAGGGCGGGGAGACUGAGACGGCUCGUCGUGCUCUGUAUGAGCAGACUAUGAGAGAUCAGGCGGCAUUGGUCCAUGCCUUGACGACAAACCCACAGUUCCGUGAUGAUAGCCCUGUCAAGAUUUGGAUCCGCUCUGAGGAUGUCGUCCACCAUGACUUCUUGCAAUCUAGGCUUUGCAAUACUCCUAUCAAGGUCAUGAUCAAGAACUGCUCAUGGAACAAGCAUAUUGGUUACACACUUGAAAUGCUCUCAAGUAAGGAUUCGAUGGUCCCUCAAAAGAAUCCUGGGUCAACCGACAACCAACAACCACAAUCAGCGGUGGCAGAUUCGACCAACCCCCACGUCAACGCAAACCCCUUUUUCUGGUCAGGACCGACGUUCAGUACCGGAUACCUCGAACCAUUGGCAGAAGUCGAGAUAGUUCUCAUGGCUUGCUUCACCCAGCAUGGCGUCUAUGAUAUCAACCGGUGGCGUCUCGCAGUUCAGGUCGUGAAGGCUCAACGGAAGAAGAAGACCAUCAAGGCAAAUGCAGGAUCUGGAUCAAAGGGACAGCUGACUGGAGCUGACCCCAGUACCAGCACUAGUCAAGAUGGCGAACGCGACUCGCUGUUACCGCCUGUUGUUCUACAAGGCAUUGGCAAAGGUUUUAUGCAGAUGCCCAACUUGGCCCAUUACAUUCAAGUUUCAUAG